AUGUUUUCACCUUCUUUCUCACGUCUUGCCUUUGCUUUCUCCGUGUUGGCCUGUGCAGCCAACGUUCUCGCUGCUCCUGCAGGCUACUACGGCUCUGAUUGUUGGGAGUCAUCUGCUGCCCCGACGGCCACCCCGACCGACUCUGAAGAGCCCUGUCCCAGCGUCUACCCGAGCGCAAUCAACAUUCCUUCCUCGACUGUCGUUCCAAGUUCAUCUGCAGUCUCCAGUUCAUACGGCGUGUCCAGUUCAACCGGUGUCUCAAGUUCCUUCGGUGUCUCCAGUUCUUUUGGCGUCUCCAGUUCCUUCGGCGACUCAAGCUCGUCGGGCAGUGCAAGCGUCACUUCCAGUCCGGCCUCCAGUCCCACGAUCACCGCGAGCUCAGGUGGCCCUCACUUCGUUGUCUACAGUGACGCGUGGGUUAGUGGUCAAACUGGACCUCCGGAUGCCUCUGCUAUCGAUGGUUUCAACGUGGUUGCUCUCUCUUUCUUACUCACAUCGGGUGCCGCGGAUCAGGCUCAGGCGUGGGCGGAACUGACUGCGGAUCAGCGUUCUUCUAUCAAGUCGCAGUACGCCAACGCAGGCAUCAAGUUGAUUGUUUCAGCUUUCGGUUCCACCGACAGUCCAACAAGUGCUAACGCUGAUCCCACUGCGACUGCCAACACUAUUGCCUCUUGGGUGAAGCAGUACGACUUGGAUGGCGUUGAUGUCGACUACGAGGAUUUCCAAGCGAUGGACGACGGCACCGCGGUUAAGUGGUUGGUAACUUUCACGCAAGCUCUCCGGGCUCAACUCCCUGCCGGUCAAUACGUCAUCACUCAUGCUCCCGUUGCACCAUGGUUCUCCGACAACUCGCAGUUCCCUGGUGGUGCUUACCUGCAAGUGGAUCAACAAGCGGGUGAUGCCAUUGACUGGUACAACGUUCAGUUCUACAACCAGGGAAACUCAGUGUACACUACUUGCGAGGGCCUGCUCACGACCUCUGCAAGCGAUUGGCCGAACACCGCUCUUUUCCAGAUAGCUGCUGCGGGUGUUCCUCUCGACAAAUUAGUAAUAGGCAAGCCUGGUGUUGCCAGCGACGCUAGCACCGGGUUCAUGGAUUCCGCAACCCUUGCUGGCUGUGUUGCACAGGCCAUGGCACAAGGGUGGAACGGUGGAGUCAUGGCUUGGGAGUUCCCCAAUGCUGAGGCUUCCUGGAUCCAAGCUGUUCGUGGGAACGCGUUCCCCCUCUAA